UUUUAGCUCUUAGAAGCCCGUUUAGCUUGUAGCUUGAGUGUCCUUUUGUGAACAAGAAAUGGCUUUUAUUCCUGUGUCUCAGGACGAGUUCAGCUGUUGUGUUUGCCUGGAUCUACUGAAGGACCCGGUGACUGUUCCCUGUGGACACAGUUUCUGUUUGAACUGCAUUACAGGCUGCUGGGAUCAAGAAGACCAGAAGGGUGUUUACAGCUGCCCCCAGUGCAGAGAGACCUUCACUCCAAGGCCUGCUCUACGCAGAAACACAAUGCUGACUGAAGUUAUAGAGAAGCUGAAGAAGACUGUACUGCAGUCUGAUGUUAAGGCUCCUUCCUACGCCGGACCAGACGAUGUGGAAUGUGAUUUCUGCUCUGGGAGAAAACAUAAAGCCAUCAAGUCAUGUCUAACAUGCCUGGUCUCCUAUUGUGAAGCUCAUAUUCAGCCUCACUAUGAAGUGCCUCGCUUUAGCAAGCACAAGCUGGUGAAUGCCACCUCCCAGCUUCAGGAGAGGAUCUGCUCUCAGCAUGACAGGAUUAUUGAGGUGUUUUGUCGCACAGACCAGCAGUUAAUCUGUAUGAUGUGUUCCUUGGACAACCACAACGGACAUAAGACGGUCUCAGCCGGUGCAGAACGGACCGAGAAGCAGACAGAGUUGCUGGGGAUGAAGGUGGGGAACCAGACACAGAUCCAGCAGAGAAUGAAGGAGCAGCAAGUGGUCCAUCAGGCCCUGCUAACUCUAAAGGCCUCUGCACAGGAAGCUCUUGAGGACACUGAGAGGAUGUUCACUGAACUUAUCAACUUCAUGGAGCAAAAGCGUUCUGAAGUGACUGAGUCGAUCAGAGCUCAGGAGAGGGCAGAGGUGAGUCGAGCUGAAGGACUCCUGGAGCAGCUGGAGCUGGAGAUCACUAAACUGAAGAGCAGAGAUGCUGAGAUGGAGAAACUUCAGCCAGUGGAGGACCCUGUUGACUUCCUACAGAGUUUCAAACAACAUCUCGCUUCUACAUCUGAGGACUUUCUUGGGGUCACUUUUGAAUCAGGGUUCUCUUUCAGUGAAAUAAUGAAAGCAGUGUCCCCAUCUCUGAGGGAGAAAACCAAAAAGUUCCAUCAGGAAGUACUUAAAGUCACAGGCUUCAUGAAGGGAGACCUGGUCAAACUGAAGACCCCUGAGACCAUUUCAAAGUUCCUUUACUGUCCGCACGGCUCCCACAAAUAUAACAUCACUGUUGGUGGUGUGGGCGUGGUAUCAGCUUUGACAGAGACAGAUUCAAUGACUUUCAACUUUCCUGAUCACUCUGGCUGGAAGGGAAGCUCAUCUAAGCUGGAACUGGUAUUAGCAAUGCAUUAGAAAUCGGAAUCACUUAUAGUUGUAAGUGUUCUUACAAUGAUUUUUGACAAAACCGCAGCAUCCCUGGGCAAAUGUUUUACUAGUAUUUUUACGUAAAUGUACCUUUUGUUACAAACCAUUUAUUAAUAUAAUGUUUAUUCAUCUAAUAUACUAUAGUUUAGAAAUCGCACAUCUUUAGCUUAUUUCUUACAAUAUUGCAUGUCAGCUUUGCAGUUUGAGGAAACUUGUACUUGUAUUUGCAAUGUUGACAUGAAAUGUUCUUGUACCUUGGAGUUGUAUUUGAGGACUCUUUGCCUCUAAAUCAGUAAGACUUUAGUUGCUCUUGAAUUUAUUUUCACCUGAUGUGUAUUGCAUUUUACUGUAUCUGUACUAAUGUCACCAUUUUGUUAGGUCCAGUUUUUAGUUUAUGAAUUGCUGUUGUUGGUGUUUACCAGUCAAAUGAGAAGAGACUUUCAAAAUAACUUUCAAUGGAGAUAUUAUUCAUCUUGCUUUAUGAAACAUACCC